UAUUUUGUGUGUUUGCAAAUAUGCCAAAGCCGCAAUAUGUCCUAUAAUGGGUACACCCAACUGCCUAGCGGUAGCAUCGACUAUGAGCACCGCCAGCAACAGGUGGUGGCCAACACCUACGAUGUCCUGCAGCGCACGACCGAAAGCAUACAGCGUUCCAAUCAGGUGGCCAUCGAAACGGAAAACAUAGGAACUGGGGUGCUCGGCGAACUCGGUGAACAGCGUGAAUCUCUGCUGCGCACCACACGCCGCCUGGAGGAUGCCGAUCAGGAAUUGUCAAAGUCACGGAUCAUCAUACGCAAACUGAGCCGGGAAGUUGUUUACAACAAGAUUGUAUUGAUAUUAAUUAUUAUUCUGGAGGUGGCCAUACUCAUUGCCCUGCUGGUUUUAAAGUUUGCCCAUCUAUGAAGGGCGGGCGGCAUCAACC